CUGCGAGAGGAGGAGCCGCCGGCGGCGGGGGAGGAGGAGGAGGAGGAGGAAGGGAUGAGGGAGGGCCGCGGCGGCAUCUGCGAGGCCGCGUUUGACAGGCGGGAGGGGAGGGAGCGCCGCCGGCGCGGGGAAGGGGGGAUGGCGGCGGCGCCGGCCGCGUCGGGGGCGGAGGAGGCGGCAUAAAGCGCCGCGAGGGGGCCGGCCCGGCCGCCGCCGUGCCCGGCCGCAGCCGCCGAGCCGCGCCAUGGGCAGCGCCGACUCCAAGCUCAACUUCAGGAAGGCGGUGAUCCAGCUCACCACCAAGACCCAGCCUGUGGAGGCAACGGAUGAUGCCUUUUGGGACCAGUUCUGGGCAGAUACAGCCACUUCAGUGCAGGAUGUAUUUGCCCUUGUACCAGCUGCAGAGAUCCGAGCGGUGAGAGAAGAAUCGCCUUCAAACCUGGCUACUUUGUGUUACAAGGCUGUGGAGAAGCUGGUGCAGGGAGCAGAGAGCGGCUGCCACACGGAGAAAGAGAGGCAAAUUGUCUUGAACUGCUGCCGGCUCCUCACACGUAUCCUGCCCUACAUCUUCGAGGACCCAGAUUGGAGAGGUUUCUUCUGGUCAACUGUCCCUGGGGCUGGCCGAGGAGGGGGGGAUGAAGAUGACGAAAAUGCCCGGCCACUGGCUGAAUCAUUGCUCCUUGCUGUCGCAGAUCUGCUCUUCUGUCCUGAUUUCACUGUGCAGAGCCACCGGAAGAGCACGGUGGACACUGCAGAGGAUAUCCACUCCAUUGACAGCUGUGAGUACAUCUGGGAGGCAGGUGUGGGCUUUGCUCACUCUCCACAGCCCAACUACAUCCAUGACUUGAACAGGACAGAGCUGCUUAAGCUCCUUUUGACCUGUUUCUCUGAGGCUAUGUAUUUGCCUCCCUCCUCGGACAGCAGCAAUGCCAACCCUUGGGUGCAGUUCUUCUGCUCUACUGAAAACAGACAUGCGCUCCCGCUCUUCACCUCGCUCCUGAACAUCGUCUGUGCCUACGACCCAGUGGGGUAUGGGAUUCCUUACAAUCAUCUGCUCUUCUCCGACUACCGUGAACCCCUGGUGGAGGAGGCAGCCCAGGUGCUGAUUGUCACCUUGGACUAUGACAGCUCCACCAGUUCGAGUCCCACUGUGGAUGGCACUACUACUGGCACGGCCAUGGAUGAUGUGGAUCCUCCAGGACCAGACAAUCUAUUUGUGAAUUAUCUCUCAAGAAUACACCGAGAAGAGGAUUUCCAGUUCAUCCUGAAAGGAGUGGCCCGCUUGUUAUCAAACCCGCUGGUCCAGACCUACCUGCCAAACUCUGCCAAGAAGAUUCAAUUCCAUCAGGAGCUCCUUGUCCUCUUCUGGAAACUCUGUGACUUCAAUAAGAAAUUCCUCUUCUUUGUGCUGAAGAGCAGUGAUGUUCUUGACAUCCUUGUCCCAAUCUUGUAUUUUCUCAACGAUGCCAGAGCAGACCAGUCGCGAGUGGGCUUGAUGCAUAUCGGAGUCUUCAUCCUCCUGCUUCUCAGUGGGGAGCGUAACUUUGGGGUUCGACUGAACAAGCCGUAUUCUGUGCGAGUGCCUAUGGACAUCCCUGUCUUCACAGGGACACAUGCAGAUCUGCUCAUCAUAGUCUUUCACAAGAUCAUAACCAGUGGGCACCAGCGGCUGCAGCCUCUCUUCGACUGCCUGCUCACCAUCGUUGUGAAUGUGUCUCCAUACCUGAAGUCUCUUUCCAUGGUGGCUGCUAACAAGUUGCUGCAUCUCCUGGAAGCUUUCUCCACUACCUGGUUCCUGUUCUCUGCUGUCCAGAACCACCAUCUUGUUUUCUUCUUGCUAGAAGUUUUCAACAACAUCAUUCAGUACCAGUUUGAUGGGAACUCAAAUUUGGUCUAUGCUGUUAUCCGCAAGCGGAAUGUAUUUCACCAGCUGGCCAACCUGCCUACGGACUCACAGUCCAUCCAGAAAGGUCUGCAGCGCAAGAAGAAAACUCCUGAGCCUAUUUCUCGCACCAACUCCCAGGAUGGGGUCUCGAUGGAGGGGUCGCGGCCUGCUGCUCCUGCUGAACCAGGGACAUUGAAGACAAGUUUGGUGGCUACUCCAGGAAUCGACAAGCUCACAGAGAAGUCGCAGGUAUCAGAGGAUGGGACCAUGCGUUCGCUGGAGCCUGAGUCUUUGCAGCCUCUGCCGGAGGGUAACCCACCCUCAGCUGUGAAUGAUGGAGAGACCUGGAGUGGGGAGGCAUCGCAGCCCCGACGAGAUCGAAGGCGUCUCUCCAGUGCAUCCUCUAGCGGGCAGUGGACCCCAACUCCUGACUGGGUGAUGUCUUGGAAGUCAAAGCUGCCCCUGCAGACAAUCAUGCGGCUCUUACAGGUGCUGGUUCCUCAGGUGGAGAAGAUCUGCAUUGACAAGGGUCUCACAGAUGAAUCGGAGAUCCUCAAAUUCUUGCAGCAUGGCACACUGGUGGGACUGUUACCUGUCCCUCACCCCAUCCUCAUUCGCAAGUACCAGGCUAACUCGGGCACUGCCAUGUGGUUCCGGACCUACAUGUGGGGAGUUAUUUAUUUGAGGAAUGUGGAUCCCCCUAUCUGGUAUGACACAGAUGUGAAGCUGUUUGAAAUUCAGCGGGUCUAAGAGAGCACUUACCUCUGCUAAGAGAAAUACACUGGAUCUAAGGACUUUGCUGUGUGCUGCUUCAUCACAGCUAUUCCUGCAUUUCACGUCCAGCUGAGAGACCAAAAGGACAAUCGCUUCAUUUACCUCCCUGUCAUUUUAAGCUUUAAUUGGGAUCUGCUUGGACAUCCCUCCCCCCAGCUCACUUCUCUUCCCUUGGCCUUCACCAUGAACCUUGAGUGAAAGAUGUCUAAGGGAUCAUCCACUCUUGUGGUUGCACUAGAAAUCAGACUGUUCUUAGCUCUUCUGUUACUCUUUUGCUCCUCAAUUUGGUUUGGAAACCAAUGUGACCCUGUCCUUGCCCAGGUCAGAGUGAAAACUUAAUUGAAAAAGACUGGCUGUAAAUUGGGUACAGGGGAGAAGCUGCUAUUCCUGCAGGAGAUGGGGUUUUGGAACUUGUAGUUACUUCCAUGUGGCUUCAUAAAGUUUCCAGGGUAUCCCUUCUAAGUGCAGGUGUCUCCCUGGUGUCCCAGUUGUACGUUGGUGGUGAAAUCUUUCCCAGUCAAAUGAAAGGAGGAGUUGCUGACAGAGAUUUCUUUGUUCUUGUCUCAGUUCCGAAUCCCCCUACUCCUUUCUUGGAAAGCUGCUUAAGGGGUUUUGCAGUAACCAGUGCUUCAGUGUGGUAUGAGAAGCUCUUCCUUGGCUUCCAGGCCGACCAGCCUGUCCUUCAUGGUGGGCUGUCACAGUAGAGUGUGUGUCACUUGGGAAAGUACUGUUUGAUCCAUGUGAGCGUGCAGGGAGGAAUGGGCAGGCUUGGUGGGAGCAAGGAGGAGGGAUAGAUCUGCUACACUCUAUUAGGUUUGUCCAGUUCACUGGAAGGACAGUGUCACUUGGGUUGGAAGGAGCCAUAAUCUGCCAUCUUUGCUUGGCAGGCUGGUGCAAUGUAGGGAGUGGGAGGGUCUUUUGCACUCUACUGUCUAGGGCAGUGAGGGAGGCGCUCAGGGAAGCUGUAGGAGGAAUUUGGAAGUUGCAAGAGGAAAAGCGUCUCCAUAUCACUAGGGAGUGGAGACUGCUGAGGCAACAUUGGAUUCUUCAGGGCAUUUUGCUAGUGACCAAGCUAUCAGAUCUUGAAUGUAUUGGGUCCCAAGCAUGCAAAGUCUGAGAAGCCAGAGUGAGGAUUAGUGGGAGACUGGCUGUUGCUGGCCUGGUUCAGCAGCACAGGAUUGCACAUUGGUAGGUGGAGGCAUCCUGGGGUUUCAGUCAAAUUUUAUGUCCUCCAGGGAGGACUACUGUCUUAGACCUGUGUGGUCUUUGGGCAAUGAAAUGUGAGGGGUCCUGCCAUGAACUGAGACCUUUCUCUCUCCACCAAAGCUUAGUCCUUGGUGCUCUGGGCUUCAGGCUCUCAGGAAGAUCACCGAUUAUGGGAUGUUUGCCAUAGCUUAGAACCAGUGAGAUCACUCCAGGGGAACUGUUCUCACGCCCUUAAGUAAGGGGACAGAUGUGGCAUGCCCUUUUGUGUCUUCUGACCCUUGCCUAAGUUUUGAAGCUAGGGCUAUAGCAACAUGGCUGCCUUUCCUCUCCUAGAGAGUGCUGCCUUAGUGUACUGAUGGCUCCUGAUGGCUUGUAGUCAAGUGGUUUCCUCCUUUGGCGCUGAGAGUGGACUGGAGUCCCCAAGCCAGUCGACAGCUGAAAUAUAGCCUGAAUUGUUUCUCUGAAGGACAUGAAAUAUGUGAAGUAGAGAGAGGUUAUUUUCCCCUCCCCCUCCCCAAUCUCCAAUCCACUUUGUCAUCUACCACUACUUCCACCCUGACUCCAUCUCCGUUCAGAUGUGGACAGGGCGAGGUCUCUGUUUUGCUUGGAAUCUCUCUUGUAUUUAAGAACGUGAUUUGGUGGAGCCAGCCUCUGACUGCACAGCGCUCACGCCUCGCAGCUGGAACGGGGCAUGCUGUGUCCCAUGCGCUUGCCUCUUCCCUCCCAUGGAUCUGCUGGUUCUCAUGAUCUCUUCCAUCCUCUUUUCUGCUUUGUUUCUUUGUGAGUUCCUCUGGAAUUUUCUUUUUGUUUCUUGGUGUGUGGCGUCUGAUCUUUGUUCUGUGGAAAUCAACUUGCACUGUAAACUAUUUGCUUAUUUACAGAGAGAAAGAUAAAGAUUAUCUGAAACAUGCA